UCUUCUCAACCGGGAGCAAACUUCGAAGCCAUGCUGAAAUAUCUCACUGUAUUCUGCCUCUUCUUGGCGGUCGCUGCAACAGCGAAAUUCUGCAGACACAAGGGAAAACUUUAUCCAGUCGGGAAGAGUUUCAAAGAUGAUUGUAACACAUGUACUUGUGGAAUGCAAGGUUUUGCUAUCUGUACCAAAAUCUACUGUGGACCUCCAGUUUGCAAAUACAAAGGUAACACUUACAGAGUGGGACAGAGUUUCCAAGAAGAUUGUAACCUUUGUUUCUGUAGAGAGACAGGAGUUGGCUGUACCAAGAAGCAGUGUAGAAGAAGAGCUAGCGCGAGACGUAGUCUUUUACCAACAACCAAAGGAUGCAUUCGUAUUCGCAUCGAUUGGCGGAAAAGAAUCCGUAACAUCAGGACCUUAAAAAUGGGUCCAGUUAAGGAGGAUGAGAGAACAAAGAAGGUUUGA